UUUACCAUAUUGCGUUAAGAAAAUGGCACCGGUGAGUCAAUGGAUUUUCAAGUCCGCUAUGACUAUAUUCCAGGAUCUUACUUGUACAUAGGUGAUUUAUUGAUUCAAUGGAAAAACCAGGAGUCCGAGUACAAGAAUGCUUUACUAUAUUUGAAGAUUAUUGAUCUUUCAAGUAAUAAAUUGGUUGGAGGUAUCCCUAAAGAGAUAGCUGAAAUGCGAGGAUUGAGAUCAUUGAACCUCUCGAGAAAUGAUCUUAAUGGAACUUUCGUUGAAGGAAUAGGUCAAAUGAAGCUGUUGGAGUCUCUUAACUUGUCAAGAAACCAACUUUCUGGCAUGAUCCCUCAGGACUUUGCUAACUUGACUUUUCUUAGUGUGUUGGACUUGUCGAACAACCACUUAUUAGGGAGAAUUCCAUCAAUCACUCAACUGCAGAGUUUCGACAGAUCAUCCUAUAGUGGCAAUGCUCAACUCUACGGUCCUCCUCUUGAAGAGUGUCCCUGA